UCAGGGACUUGGGUGACAGCCUCCACACACAUAAUUACAGCUGUGAUCGGAUCGGGCGUGCUUUCACUGGCCUGGUCGAUCGCCCAGCUCGGCUGGGUGGUCGGACCGGCCAGCCUGAUCGCAUUCUCGCUUAUCACGCUGUUCACCUCGCUGCUACUGGCGGGCGCCUACCGCCACCCAGGAGCCCAGCGGAAGUACACUUACUUGGACGCGGUGCGGGCCCAUCUUUCUCAAUCGUUGGUUUUGUUUAAGUGCAUGAUGUAUUUUUAUUCCAACCAACAAUGA